GGAGGAGGUGUUCCAUCCACAGCAAUCCGAGAGAUAUCUUUGUUAAAAGAAUUACAGCAUCCUAAUAUUGUGGGACUGGAAGAUGUCCUCAUGCAGGAGAACAAACUAUUCUUGGUGUUUGAGUUUCUGUCAAUGGACCUGAAACGAUACAUGGACUCUAUACCGUCUGGUCAGUUUAUGGACAAAAUGCUGGUUAAGAGUUACCUAUACCAGAUCAUGCAGGGCAUCCUGUUCUGUCAUCAACGCCGAGUGUUACAUCGUGACCUCAAACCACAGAACCUUCUCAUCGACAAUAAAGGCAUUAUCAAAUUGGCAGACUUUGGCCUGGCAAGGGCGUUCGGUAUCCCUGUGAGGGUGUACACACAUGAGGUUGUGACGCUGUGGUAUCGGUCGCCAGAAAUCCUGCUUGGUUGUCAGAGGUAUUCCACUCCAGUUGACAUCUGGAGUAUUGGUUGUAUAUUUGCUGAAAUGAUCACAAAGCGACCACUGUUCCAUGGAGAUUCAGAAAUCGAUCAACUAUUCCGAAUAUUCAGAACCCUGACCACGCCCACUGAAGAAGAUUGGCCCGGAGUCACAAAUAUGCCCGACUAUAAACCAACAUUCCCUAACUGGAGGACAAACCAGCUCGCCUCAGCAGUCAAACAGCUCGACAACACCGGCCUUGACAUCUUACAG